CAUUCUGCACGUAGCAGACGUAUUAAUCAGAAAGGGGCCAUCUGCUGCUUUGGUAAAUAAAUCGAAAGGAGUUUGCACUUUGCAGGACUCAUCAGCUCCAAAAAAGUGGGAGUGAUUACAGCCGCUAAGGGGGAGUUCACACACGUGGAUCACAUACAACCAGAUAAAAAAGGACUCCAGAAUCAGCAGCCUUCUGGUUAAGCACUUUUGUGUCGGCAAAGGUGCGGCUGGUAGGCGGGAGGAGGGGGAGUCAGUUCGGGGUAGUAAGUGCACUCACUAUGUAUUUAAUUAUCUAGUCUAGUAACCCAAAGGCUGGGUGGAACUGGAAAUCUCCACUGAGAGACGUUGCUGAAGCUAAACUUUCCCACGCUGUCUUCGUUACUAACCUUGCACUCGUUUGCUUCGUAAAUUAAAAAGUUGUACGGGCUGGUUGACUCAAGUUACUAGCGCGAUUGUUCAUCUCCAGCUGUAUUAAGCACCGGUUUGGUGCAUAUUUGACUUAACUCUGGGGGGGGAAAGACCUAAUCAAGAUGCCUCUGGGACCUAUAAUGAGAUUAGAUCUAGAGAAAAUAGCUCUCGACUAUAUUGUGCCCUGUUUGCAUGACAUCGGCUUCUGCUACUUGGACAAUUUCCUGGGCGAGGUGGUAGGGGACUGUGUGUUGGAGCGAGUGAAACAGAUGCACUAUAACGGGGAGCUGCAGGAUGGUCAACUAGCCGGCCGCAGCAACGGCAUCUCCAAAAGACAUUUGAGAGGAGACCAGAUAAAGUGGAUCGGAGGCACUGAGGAAGGAUGUGAGGCCAUCAACUUUCUCUUGUCGUUGAUAGACAGGCUGGUGAUGUAUUGUGGAAGUAGACUGGGCAAGUACUAUGUCAAGGAAAGGUCCAAGGCAAUGGUAGCUUGCUACCCUGGGAACGGAACUGGGUAUGUUCGUCACGUAGACAAUCCAAAUGGUGAUGGGCGCUGUAUCACCUGUAUUUAUUACCUGAAUAAGGACUGGGACUCAAAGCUGCAUGGUGGAAUUCUUCGAAUAUUCCCGGAAGGAAAGUCCUAUGUAGCAGAUGUUGAGCCCAUUUUUGACAGGUUACUUUUUUUCUGGUCAGACCGAAGGAACCCACAUGAAGUGCAACCUUCCUAUGCAACCAGAUAUGCCAUGACUGUGUGGUAUUUUGAUGCUGAAGAAAGAGCAGAAGCCAAAAAAAAGUUUAGGAAUUUAACUGAUGCAGGGAAGACAGAAGCAGCUCUCCACGAAGACUGAAUAGUGAUCUGCUGGCAUAGUGCUUUUAUCACAACCGUUUCUGAACUCUUUGCAAAUGAUGAGAUCCAAAGAUGACUUGUCCAUUUCCAAUGAAACAUUAGACUUUCUUCUUACCCACAGGACUGUGCUGAUUUGUCUAACACCUGCAUAUUACGUUGAUGGUACUCACAUGCCUCCUAUCAUGCCUGCAUCUGGCAGAAGGAACCCUUGUUUUCUAUUUGCCUUUAACUGAAGAAAGUAACCAAGAUUUUAGUAAAAGAAGAAUGUCACCAAAGCCUAAUGCAAGUGGCUAAGCCAGCUGGCUUUUAGUAAUAGUGGUAAUAAAGAUAACAAGUAUUGGAACCAGUGGGGAAAAAACCUGAGUCUUAUUUGCACUUUAUGUAAAUUUCUUAGCUCAAUGGGAAGGAGAUUUACAAAUUAAAAUCUGUUGCAGAUGCCAAUGGGCAAUGCAAGAUAUUUGAAAUGUGAAAUUAAACUAGGUAUUUGUAGAGGGUCAUCUUCUGUUAUGCUUAAUGUGGGACCAUUGAUGGGCUGCUAAUCACUUUUGUUGCACAGAGCAUUGGCUUAACUCUCCUAUAUUAUUACUUUCUAAAAGGAUAAUCUUCCAUGUUGCCAUCAAACUGCCUGGAUUUUGUUCACAUUUCAACAGUCAAGCAGUAGCAAUUCAGUUGCUUAGCCCUUUUACAGCCCCUGACAGAGGGUGGGGAGGCAGUUACGUGUCUGUUCACAAUUUUGUGAAUUUUUUUUUUUUAUUUGAGAUGGAUCAAUGUUCACUUCCCAUUUUCAGUUUGUUUUUUAAAGCAGCUGGUUUCUCUGAAAGAUUUGUGAGCUGGGAAGGUUGAUGGCACACAAAAUGCUUUAGCACUUAGAGCCAAGCAUUUUUAAUUCAGUCUCCGUAUACCAACUUGUGAAUGAUAGCAGUGUGAAUUUGGAAGGUAAAGAUCUGUUUGGCAGCCUGACAAAUGUAUGAUGAAUAACUACCUCUAAUUUAGAGUUUUGAUUUCUCUCUCUGAUGCCCAUCCUGAGCUCGGACAUUUGGUUAAUUUUGUAUGUAUGUGCACUUUGAAUGAAGAAGUGAUGCUGUCCCAAUUGUUCCAAAUUAUUUUCCCUCCUGCAUUUGAGCCACAAGAUAUACAAAAAGAGGAUUAGGCUCAGAUGAGCAGGAACACAUUUUCUUCACCUUGUUUGUUUUUGUUUUAAACUUAAAAGCUAGAUGAGUAACUUCCACGGUGUCCCCAAGCAGCUUAAACUUCCAAAACCAGUAUUUAGCAGCUCAGUAUAGAUCUCACUGAUGUUGAGACAAUUGUCAUGGUCACACUGAGCACGGAAAUAAAUCGUUCUUGUUUUAACAAUUGUACACCUAGUGUAUAAACUUUCCCUCUUCAUUAAUAUAGUUAUACCAGGCUUGUCAAUGUAUGUCAGUACCUACUAACGUCUUCCAAGUGUAUGCUUUCCUCUCUGGCCCAUACUCCCGUGCGUCAGGGGACAAUAAUGGUUUUGGGGGGCCAAUUAUGGUUUUUCUUCCCCAUUUUAACCAACCCAUACUUGACUCAGCUUGUCGCGUGCCUGGCCAGAAGGGGAGCAAUUGGCAGGACAGCCUUCAUGGGGAAGCACUUGGCUUCCACAGAACUUGACCCAGAGAAUGAGUGAUGAUGUGAGUGCUAGGCACUGCCAAAUUAGGACCUUUUGACAUUAUUCAAACCUCCUAGCUAGGGACAAAAGUGCAACAGCAACACAAGAUGUAAACGCAGCAGCUUUUCUGGCAUGAGAAAUGGCAAAAGGAAUUGAGUAUUUUGAGCCACUUGUGUUCUUUAAGAAAAAAGAGGGACAUCCUUAUGCCCAUUUUUUGAAGUCUGAAUUUAAGUUAACCAGUAUUGGCCAACCCCUCUUCCUCUCAGAUUUCUACUGGGGAUCCAGGUGUGAUCACGUGGUUUUAACUCCACUUGGCCUGACUUGUGUGUGUCUUCAGGGCACACAUCCUACUGUGAAUGAGAGAUCUGCAUUUGAGGAGGGGAGAUGACACAUUCAUCCCUGAUCCCUGUAAAUCUUACUAGGUUCCCUCAAAUAAGGCAUGUAAUUUGAUACAUUUCCUUUGUAAAGUAAAAUUCUUCCACUACAGAUGCAUCUAAGUAGCACAGAAUGGGCUUGAAGGAAACUUAAUAAACUUGAAAUUCUAAUUCCAAAAGAGUCAAACUCUUGUCUUAUCUGAAAGCAAUAGGUGACUCCUUGAAAGACGAAUUUAUGUAAAUAGUUAAAUGUUGAACUCUGAAAGACUGGCUGCAGGGGAAUAUGCUUUAAUAGUUUGAGUGUCUCUAUGUAAAGUUGACAUUUUCUACAUUUUAAAAAAUUCUUUAAAGGAGUUUUUGAAUUAUUUGAGGGGCCAAGCCUACUAAAAACUCAUUGCUUCUGAUUGAUUAAGUUUAGGGUUUCUGAAAUCUAUGUAGCCCAUUAGAUAGUGAUGUUAGUGCAAAUCAUAUCAGCUACCUACAACCAAGUAGUGUGUACAAUUUUUUUAAAAGGGUCUGGAUAUUAAAGGUACUUUUGUUAUCUCUGUUGCAUUAGGCACCAGCAGUGUGCUUGUGGUGUGUGGAGAAAUCGGUGCAUUCAUUAUAAAGAAAAUGUUUGCUAAAUGUUUCCGUUUCAGCCUUUAUUCUCUUGGUCUAGGUAAGAGUGUUGAUUGAUUUUUUUUUUGUUUGUUUUUAACCUGGAAGAGACAGACCUUUCAUCUCUCAAUAUGUAAAAAUUAAACAUCAAGAAACUGAGUAUACAGGAUUAUAAAGUAUUCCCCCUUUCCCUCACCACAGAUCGGAGAUCAGUGGAAGGAUCUCUGUGGACUUUUCACACAUUAAUUUUAACAAGUCAUUAAUGAAGCCUUAUUCUUGAAGCCACUCCCACUUUUUCUUGAGGGGGAUAGUUGCAAACUGCUACACAAGAACAAAGUUUUUUCUUUUAGCAGCUGUACCAGUAAUAAAAUGCAUGAAUUGCUUCUCUAGAUAGGGACUUAAGGAGUUUCUUUCCAGCUUUGGGUUUCAUGGCAAAGUGUUUAAAACAUGUAUAGCUAAGCAGCGUGUGCCAUCUGGCUGUGAAAACAGACUUAUUUCUCCAGUGUAUUUAAUUUUCAGCCUUCCCAAAGGCACCAACAGCUUGUUUACACAUAUAGGUAAAUGUGUGCCUUCAUCAUUCACAUCUGCAGAACUGCUGUACACCAAAUGCAAGCAAUGCAAAAGGGUUUUGUUUUGUUUUUUUUUUCCCAUAGAUUUCAAGGCCAGAAGGGACCGUUUUGAUCAUCUAGUCUGACCUCCUGUAGAACACAGGCCAUGGAACUUCCCAAAAAUAUUUCCUAGAGAAGACCCUUUUAGGAAGGGGGGGGGGGGGG